UUUUUUUAUCAAAUAUGAAAUGCUGAAGUGAAUACGGACUGAUAAUAAGUGUUGUUUUCGCAAUGGACCCACCAAACUGCUGUACGGCUGAAAGUGGGCCUGCUGACGAUGUGAGCAGUGAGCAGUGGUGUAUCUGCUUUAACUGCAUGUACAGAGCAGAACAGAACGUCAACGCACCUGUCAGCAGGAUCCCCGAAGCUAAAGAGAUUGGAGAACGUCCAUUCGGACGUCUGACAGAAGACAUUACUCGGAAACGCAAUCAGGUGGCCCAAGGAAUCUACCGUCAAAGGUGCCGGUCCUACAAAAAAGAUUUAGACCACGCGAAAAAUCAAAUUAAAGCUAAAACUGUUGACAAUAUUCUGAACCAUUACUCUCUUUUGAAAGAGGCGGAGACAAUAGAGAACGAGAAACUGGACAAAAAUAAGAAAUCCGAUGAACAUUUUCUGAAAAGACCCGAGAUCCCUACGAUCAGUUUACGGAAAAGCCAAGACAACGACGAAGAUCAGAUGAAGUCACUUCGUGGAGCCAAAACUAAAACUCGUCUGAAACGGAGUGCCACGUUCGUGCUGGGAGAUCUGCCAUCUCAGUCAAAUAUCAGAAAGACCAGUAUAUCUAAAGGACAACAAAAAUUUGCAGUUACCAGAAGUCGAACAACUUUGUUCAAAGAAAUGGAUGAAGUGUCAGAGAAAAGCAAACCUAAGGUUAAAACAACCUCAAUUGCUGGUUUCCGUGCUCAUAUCGUGCCAAGACUAUAUAAAAGUGCUACAAACCCCACCUCGUCGAAGGAUCGGGGCAAGGAAAAUUCCACUGACUCUCCACGACAUCGGCCUCAGACGGAAAGGAGCAGUACAACAAAUACAAGCAAAGGGGAGGACUGUGAAAAGUCAAGUGUCAGCAAAAGUACGUCUGACAUAGAGGCUGAAUAUUUUCUGAAGCGUAUCAAUAAACUUUUCAAAGUUUCAGGGCCAGAUGGUGGAGAUGAAGAGCAGACAGAACCGCGCCCACAAUCAUGCAUUCCCUGUCCGCAAAGUAAGGCAUCGUCACGCACGCGCAGUUUUCUUCAAAACACUGUCUCCAAAUACAAGUGGGUGUUUAUUCCAGGUGUCACAUACUACGACCUGGACAAACAGUGUCUGUCUAAACAGCGAGAACGGGAGAAAGUGAAAGUCCGCCAGUCCGAGCUCGCUACAAUUCAAGCUGACUUACACCGGAAGGAAACGUCCAUUAGAAGGCUUGUGCGCAGGAGCACCAAUAUAAGAGAAGAAAUGAGUCACGUGACGACUGGUCGACCACCAAGAUAAAAUGUUUAGCACAAAGAUAAAGCAAACAAAAAUGAAACUCGAGACAUCUUUAUAAACACGAUGCAUGUUGAUAUUUAAAAAAAUAAGAUUGUUAUAUCACAACGAACACAUUUUCUGUGUCAUACAAAUAUCAAUUUUACACUCAUAAUGACCUAUGAUCAUGGACCUAUAUACUAGUAUAUAGGUCCCUGCCUAUGAUAUGGUGUUAUUUACUAACGAGUGUCCUAGGUUGCACUAUGAAAGAUUUGAUUUCUUUUAUAUAGUAUGGGGGAGAGAGAACAUAUAUUAUGUCACAUUAUCGGAUUUACAUUUUUUUUUUACAUCAAAGUACAUGUCCUAUAUUAUUGUGUUCAACAAAAUAAACAUGUGUGAUUAGUGUCAA